AUGCAGAGAGCUGGAGGCGGGAGCGCCCCCGGGGGCAGCGGCGGGGGCAGUGGUGGGGGCUCGGGCACUGCCUUCUCCAUCGACUCUUUGAUCGGACCACCACCCCCACGCUCUGGCCACUUACUCUAUACCGGCUACCCCAUGUUCAUGCCCUACCGGCCCCUCGUGCUGCCGCAGGCGCUGGCCCCUGCGCCGCUGCCCGCCGGCCUCCCGCCCCUUGCUCCCCUAGCCUCCUUUGCCGGCCGCCUUACCAACACCUUCUGCGCUGGGCUGGGCCAGGCCGUGCCCUCCAUGGUGGCGCUGACCACCGCACUGCCCAGCUUCGCAGAGCCGCCGGACGCCUUCUACGGGCCCCCGGAGCUCGCCGCCGCUGCUGCUGCUGCCGCCACUACGGCCGCCCGAAACAACCCUGAACCGGGCAGCCGACGCCCAGAGGGCGGGCUGGAAGCCGACGAGCUGCUGCCCGCCCGGGAGAAAGUGGCAGAGCCCCCACCACCCCCGCCUCCGCACUUCUUAGAGACUUUCCCAAGUCUGCCGGCAGAGGGGAAGGUGUACAGCUCAGAUGAGGAGAAGCUGGAGGCACCAGCAAGAGACCCAGCAGGCAGCGAACAGGAGGAAGAGGGUUCAGGCGGUGACAGUGAGGACGACGGUUUCCUGGACAGUUCUGCUGGGGGCCCGGGGGUUCUCCUGGCCCCUAAACCGAAGCUAAAGGGGAGCCUGGGGACUGGAGCUGAGGAGGCAGCCCCGGCGGCAGCAGGCGUCACAGCUCCCGGGGGCAAGAGCCGAAGGCGCCGCACGGCGUUUACCAGUGAGCAGCUUUUGGAGUUGGAGAAGGAGUUUCACUGCAAGAAAUACCUGAGCCUAACAGAGCGGUCCCAGAUCGCCCACGCCCUCAAGCUCAGUGAGGUGCAGGUCAAGAUCUGGUUUCAGAAUCGGAGGGCCAAGUGGAAGCGCAUCAAAGCUGGCAAUGUCAGCAGCCGUUCUGGAGAGCCCGUAAGAAACCCCAAGAUUGUCGUGCCCAUACCUGUGCACGUCAACAGGUUCGCGGUGCGGAGCCAGCACCAACAAAUGGAGCAGGGGGCCCGGCCCUGA